AUGGCAGCUCCGCAAAUCGCCUGUCUAUACAACAACACCUUUGAGAGCCUUGACAACAACAAGAGAUUGUCUGUCCUAGGUGAUGCAGUUCUCGCCAAGGUACUCUGCAGCGCCUGGUUUGAAGCUCGCAGUUCGACUGGGCGAGUGCGUUCUCAAGCGCAAUGGACACAAUUGCGUAACGAGAUGCUGAGCAACGAUGCGCUGGCUCGCCGAGGAUAUCAGACUGGCCUCGACAGAUGCGUCAUUGUGGCUGAUAGCACGCCUGCCGUCUCCCCCAGAAUGGUCGCGACAACACUCGAAGCUCUCAUUGGCGCAGUCUAUCAGGACGGCGGAGAUGACGCUGUUAAUCGCGUCAUGCGUUCACUCGGUUUCUUCGACCAUACACUCCUAACGGUAACGUCUCAACCCCCACUCUUCCCAUCCUGA